CUUGUUCUCAUUGUCAUUUUACAAAAAUAAAAAACAAAAAUCUCAAUCGGUAAUUGCCUAUGUUCAAUCGUGAUCGGUCUGAAGACAAGUUUGAAAAGCCAAGCACAUUGGAUCCAUGUCUGUCUUGUUGCACAGCUUGCGGUUGCGUUUGUCGGUAAGAAGUAAUAUGAGAAACAUUGUUGUUCGCCUGCUUCGUCAUUACAAGUUCGCGACUCGUCAAGCAUUAUCACAACGAAAAAAAAACAUUGACUACACUGCCAUAAAGGUAAAGCCUCAGAAGACUACAUUUGUGUUUACGAGCCUGGUGCCCUACUGACUGAUUGCCUCAUUAUUAUUUCCCUUCACUUAACGAAUGGCUGCAAACCAGCACGACAAACAAGGAGCAUGAUGUAUCCACUUCCACAACAUCUUCAGUAUAAUUUCAUGUCGCUACUUGCAAAGGAAAAGUAGCUGCUCCCUCAACAUCAAAGUCCAGUCCUCGUUCGACCCGCUGCCCGGCGGCGGGAGAACAAUUAUACCAAAUGGGCUUCAACAUCGGCAUAGGGACGCCCAUGGGCACUCCGCGGUACGCAUCCGCGACUUACCAUGCCGGGAGUACUCCGAUGACCACCCCCCGCGGAGGUGGGGGCGCGGCCAUGGUGCAGACGCCGCGGAGCGUUUCCGGCGCCAUGACGAUGCUGACGCCCAGGGUAAACGCGGCGGUGACCAGCGGCGCAAGUGUCUUCCAACAAAUCGUCCUCCACCCGACGUGCUUGCUGCACCGACUCCCCAUUUGCUCGUCCUCCGGAUUCAACGUUUACCCACGGUCAAAAUCCUUGCUCCCCGAGAAGGUGAAGGAAGAGAAGAAGCCCAAGGAGAAAAAGAAGAAACUCACUUUGAAAUCCCUCGUGAAACUGACGAUGAUGUUCCGGCCCGAGAUCCGGCUCUACUUCCGCAUGAACGGCUACGACGCCGGCCCGCUCUUCCAGGGCCGGGUGUCCGCGCGGGAAGGCGAGCUGCGGACCGUGGGCGACAUUCUCCGGGUCCUGCGGCAAAAACUGACCCGGAAUGUGCAGGCGUACGUCGAGAAAUUGAAAGAGUUAUUCCCCUACGAGUCCUCCGCCGGGAGGACCACCAUUGGCAUGUACUCCGCGAAGGCCGAAGACAUCAUAGACGAAGACGCGGACAUUACCUUCGUCGAGGACGACGACACACCACCAAACACCGCCGGCGCGAUGAAUAACGCGAACAAGCAGGACGACGGGCAGGAUAAGGACCACAUCACGGUCGACCACAUUGGCGGUGUGUACACCCUAUGCAAUGCAGAAGUAUCGUACUAGUAUAAAUGGCAUUACAAAUUGGCGUAGCAUUACAAAUUGAAUUUGUAAUGCGGAUUUGCCUUAACAAGAAGAUUUGUAAUGCAUAAAUGCCAUUUUAGUACGAUACUUUUGCAGUGCAUACACACCGACGAUCAAACUCUUCUACAUGGUAUCAAAGGCAAAAAUGUCUGGGACUGGGUCUGGAAGAGCCAAACUUGUGAUGCUGCAUUUGGAUGCUGAAAAAACCGGUAUUGCAUGUUCAAAUUUGGCUACGCGGAGAGGGCAUUUGUCAUGCAGGACGCGCAUCGAUAGGCUUAGGCGCUCAAAAAAUCUGUGAUGCUAUUGCAUACAUCAGAGACAUCAUGGAUCAUGGAAAAUGUGCAUGACAAACUUCUCCUCUUCCAGACCCAGACGUUUUUACAUUUGAUACAUGGUGUCGCCCAACGACAUUGCGCACUUCGAUUUGUACGCGUUCAUCCCCCAGCGCGGUAUCAAAUGCAAAAAUGUCUGGGUCUGGAAGGGUUGGAACUUGUGAUGCAAACUCUGGAACACACAAAAAUUUGCGUUGCAUGAGCGCCAAAAGCUGUCCAUUUCUUGGCACGCAAGUAGGAAGUUUCUCAUGCGGGACAGGCAUCAGGAGGCGUGCUCAAAACCUGUGAUGCCAUUGCCUGCAUCAGACGCCACUUGCGUGAUCCGAAAUAUGCAUGACAAAUCUCAGAAUCUUCCAGACCCAGACAUUUUUGCAUUUGAUACGCGGCAGACCGGUGCAAAAACUCCUCCUCCAGCAGCUCACCUACUACCCCUGGAACAAGCAGAUCAAGCGGUUCGGGUGCGACAUGCUCCCGCACCCGCCGGGGAGCCGGAAGAUCCUGUUCGAAACACCCAAGCCGCAGAAGAAAAACAUCGUGGUCAAGUUCCAUGUGGAAUCCGAUUGGCAGGAACUGCAGCAGUUGAUGCGGUUCCUGUUUGACGACAAGGUGAAAAAGCACCAGCAGGAGCUGAAAGAAACACAGAAAACGUUCGCGGAGACGUAUUUCAAAACCAAGUUGGAGCGAGAAGCGGGUGUGACGAAGGAGCUGAUGCUGUUGUCGGAAAAGCUGUUGGAGAAAAAUUGCGGCAACGUGCAAUUGGGGUUCGGGGAUUCCGUGAAAACGGACAUGAACGAAAACAUGCGGAAAAUGUUCGAUUUGUACAUCAAAUCCAAGCAGGAAAUGCUCUGGGACGUCAGUUUGAAGGCGUGAGCUGCUUUCGGGAAAAUGUACGGAACAAUCUUUUUGCGUUCUGUUUUUUGUGUUUUCUAUUUACGCUUGUUUUGCAUUCAUUCUUCACUAUUCAUUUUCAUCAUUCACUGUUUGGCCUCUGCGUAGGCCGCUUCACUAGUGUCAUGCCAGUAUCCACCUAGUAUUUCACUUUUACACUUAUUGAUUUAUGAUUUUCUUUCUCAUGAUUUUCAGUUUCUUCCAUAUUGAUUUACGCUUCGUUUAUCAAAUGACGCAUUUUUAGUUGUACGUGAGCGUGAAGUUCUUUUUUCAGCUUCCAUGCUGACAUAGUGUCUCUCUUGUACUUUUCGCAAAUGCCCGAUACUCAUACGGAGGAUGGGAAUGGGGCUACUACACACAAAGCGACCGCGUGAUUUUCCGAGGCAGAAAUUGUGCCUCCCGCGGAUGACUCCUUCUGUCAUGCCUUUUUCCACUUCCAAAAGCGGCAAUCGUGAAUUCCUGAGAAAUUGAGAGUUCAAGCAGAUUUGGGCUCUACUCAUGAAGUAGAUGUUGAUUAGGAGACCUUUUUUAGUUUUUGUCGGUUUUUUUUCCCCGUGUCUGUGUGUUGUCGUCGGUCUCUUGUGGCCGUAGCGGCAAGUGCGAAAGAGUCAUCA